AUGGAAAUUGAUGAAGACUCAAUCGAGAAUGAAGAAGACUUUCCAAUGAUUAGAUGUGGUUGGAGGAAUUGUAGACAAGCUUUUUGGAUUUUAGAAGAUUUAUUAGAACAUCUAGUCGGUGAAAAAGGUCAUGUACCUGUUGACCCGAACGCACCCAGAGGUCAAAAAUGUCCUUGUGAAUGGACUGGUUGUCCAAAGGCUGGUAAACCACAAGGCAGUAGAAUGGCUUUACUUGUUCAUCUUCGAUCUCAUACGGGUGAAAAACCAUUUUGUUGUCAUAAACCUGAAUGCGACAAAACGUUUUCUAGAACUGAUGCGUUAGCUAAACACGUUCGAGUAUCCCAUGGUGAACCCUUACCUCCUGGACGUAAAACUUCUGCACCUGGAAAUGCGAUGAAAAAAAUAAAAGGAGAAGAUUCAGAAGGAGAAGAAGUUGAUAAUUAUGAUGAAACUGGAAUAGAAGGUAAUGGAGAAAUCAUUGGAAAAUCAAUAGGAGAAGGUGAAGAAGAAAAAGAAGAUUUAUUAAAAAUCAUGAAAAUGGAUUCUAAAUUAGAGAACGAAGAAAUAGAUGAAGAAGGUAGAACAUCAGAAGAAAGAAAAGUUCUAGAAGAUCUUAAAAUUAAAUAUCCUCCGACUGAUCCAGCUUUUUUAGAAUUAUUAAUUUUAAGAGCUAAAUUUAAGUUUUUGUUGGGUGAAAAAGAGAUUUUGGAAGUGGAAUUGAAGGCUCUUGAGCAUAAAGAAGGAUCUAUCAAAAGACAAAAAGAUUUCUAUUUAGAUUCAAUUAUGAAACAUGAACUAGGACCCGAAUCAUCCGAAAUGUGGAUAUCAAACAUAGACGACCUUAAACAUGAUUCAGGAAUCGAGAAAGGAUCAAUUGGUUCAAAUAAUCAAUCUUCAAGUAGUGGGAUUCAUGCAAAAAAACGAAUCAAAACUGAACCUAUUAAUUGA